AUGGCUCCAGUCGCAACAGGCGAGGCGGCACCAAUGCAACUACCCGUCUACAAGUCCAAAUCUUCCUCCGUCACUGCGUCUGUCUUGCAUGGUCCGCGAGAUCUGCGAUUGGAGAAGAGAACCAUUGAAGAGCCGGGCGCCGGCGAGCUGCAGAUCUCUGUCAAGAGAACCGGCAUCUGCGGCUCCGACGUCAGCUACUACAAGAAGUUCGCCAAUGGAGACCUCUGCGCCUGCCACCCGCUCUCUCUCGGCCACGAGUCCUCUGGCGAGGUCGUCGCUAUCGGGCCCCUCGUCACCGGCUUCAGGCUCGGCGAUCGUGUUGCUCUCGAAGUUGGCGUCCCUUGUGGACAGUGCACCAUCUGCCGCAAGGGUCGAUACAACCUCUGCAAGAAGAUGAAGUUCAGGUCCAGCGCCAAGAGUGUUCCUCACUACCAAGGCACGUUGCAAGAGAGAAUCAACCACCCCGCGGCUUGGUGCCACAAGAUCCCCGACCACGUGUCCUACGAGGCGGCCGCUCUCCUCGAGCCCCUUUCCGUCGCCAUCCACGCCGUCAACAGAGCCACGCCUGAGCCUGGAUCAACAGCUCUCGUCAUCGGGGCCGGCACAGUCGGUCUCUUGACCGCAGCCAUGGCCCGUCAAGCUGGCUGUGCCCAAGUCACCAUUACCGAUGUUGAUGCCGGCCGCGUCAACUACGCCAUUUCCAAGGGCUUUGCUACCCAUGGCUACGUCGUCCCGACACCCGGCUCUUCUUACAACAAUAACUCCGGAACCUCGACCCCCGCAGACCCCGGCGUUAUGACACCCGCCAGCAUCUUCUCAGUUCAAAGUGUCCAGGGCAAAUUCGACGGCGCCAAGGCCUUGGCCGCCGAUAUCCUCGCUCUCACCAAGGUGCCCGAGGAACUGGAGAUGGACGCAGAGGACGACGGCGUCGACGUCACUUUUGAGUGCACCGGCAAGGAGGUCUGCAUGCACACCAGUCUCUAUGCCACGAGACCCGGCGGCAAGGUCGUCAUGGUGGGCAUGGGCACUCCGGUGCAAACUCUCCCUCUGUCCGUCGCGCACUUGAGGGAAAUCGACAUCCUUGGAAUCUUCCGCUACGCCAACACCUAUCCCACCGGCGUCCGACUGCUUUGCGCCAAGGGCAACGGCGGCCUUCCCCGUCUCGACGACAUGGUCACGCACAGGUUCAAGGGCCUUGAGAAUGCCUCCAAGGCGUUUGAACUUGCCAGUAGGACGUGCGAUGACGAAGGCAACCUCGUCUUGAAGGUUGUCAUCGAGGCCUGA